AUGGCUACUAACCAGAGGAAGAAAACUAUGCACCCCACGCCCCACCACUACCACACCCCGCCCCUCCACCCACGCCCCACCACUACCACACCCUGCCCCUCCCCCCACCACUACCACACCCUGCCCCUCCACCCACGCCCCACCACUACCACACCCCGCCCCACCACUACCACGCCACACCACACCCCGCCCCACCACUACCACGCCACACCACUACCACACCCCGCCCCUCCACCCACGCCACACCACUACCGCCCCACCACUACCACACCCCGCCCCACCACUACCACACCCCGCCCCUCCACCCACGCCACACCACUACCACACCCCGCCCCUCCACCCACGCCACACCACUACCACUGCCCCGCCACUCCACCCACGCCCCACCACUACCACGCCCCACCACUACCACGCCCCGCCACUCCACCCACACCCCACCACUACCACGCCCCGCCACUCCACCCACGCCCCACCACUACCACGCCACUCCACCCACGCCCCACCACUACCACGCCCCACCACUACCACGCCCCACCACUACCACGCCCCACCAAUACCACGCCCUACCACGCCCCACCACUACCACACCCCACCACUACCACACCCCGCCCCUCCACCCACCCCCCACCACUACCCACGCCCCACCACUACCACGCCCCGCCCCCUCCACCCAACCCAGCCCCCAUCCUGUAUCCUUCCUUCAGAACAACUCUGCUGAAAGAAAAGCCUAUGGCCCCAUACCACAACAAAGGUCACAAUCAACAUUCAUUGCUGUCGUUCACCGUCACAGUGUGA